GGCGCGGGCCUCAUCCCCUGCACUUUCGGUCUGAUCCGCGGCCGUCUCCGGAGCGCCCUCCCACCGUCCCCUGACCCGCUUCCGAGUGCCAGUGCAGCUCGAGGGGGCGUUCGUGCGCUCAGUGCCCUCGUUUCAUGGUUGAGGACCCAAGUGUUCUGACUCCGCCCUUGCGCUGCAGCGGGGCUUGUUUACCCCCACGGCUUAGUGGGGACCUGGGAACGUUCUAACAUCGAACGCUUUCCCUCCCCCUUAAGCCCGCCGACCAUGCCCGCGGGCGUGUCCUGGACGUCCUACCUGAAAAUGUUCGCCGCCAGCCUCCUGGCCAUGUGCGCCGGCGCGGAGGUGGUGCACCGGUACUACCGGCCGGACCUGACAAUACCUGAAAUUCCACCCAAGCCUGGAGAACUCAAAACAGAGCUUUUGGGACUGAAAGAGAGACAACAUGAACCUCAAAAUUCAUCUCUGCCAAGAACUCUAUGAAUAAUAUUAUGAGAAUUAAAUAUGUAUUUUUAGAAUUUACUGAGUCAAACUACUUGUGUUUAAGCACUAAUACAAUGCUAACUGCGAGAGGAAGUGCUCAGCAGAUGUUAACUGAUGCAUUGAGAUUUAGUUAUGGUUUGACUAGUGUUUCUUGAAAACUGCCAAAGCUUAUAUCAUCAGCUCCUCUAAUGUCGUUUGAUAGAUACCUAGUCUUAAAUAUCAUGUGAGAGAACAUAUUUGCAGUGUCUCCUACCCUUAGACUUCUGGUUUAUUUCUCUGAAUAAGCUUGACUAUAACGGCAAAUGGGAAUUAUAAAUUAACUAUAAUAAAAGUGACAUUGACCAUGAAUGCUUAGGGUGAGAAGUUAAUAUUUCUCUAAAUAUUGGAAAGUACUAUUUGUACUAAACCGAAUUCAGUUGAAAUAUUUAAAGUUUGAAAUUCUUUUAGAGUUGUAUGCAUAACAAAAUUAUAAACAAUUGUGACUUGGACAGUCACAAGUUCUCUACCCCCAAAUUUGAGACACCACUUGGCAUUUAAUUUCUCUUAUAAAAUAUACUCUAAAAUAACUGAUAAACAUAAAUGAGUAUUGUUAUGGGUUGAAUUGUAUCCCCCCAAAAGAUGCUGAAGUCCUAACUCCCAGUACCUGUGAGUGUGUAUUUGGAAAUAGGGUCUUUGCAGUCGUAAUGAAGUAAAGAUGAGGUCAUUAGGGUGGGCCCUAAUCCAAUGUGAAUGGUGUCUUUUUAUAAGAAGAGGAAAACGCCAUGUAAAGACAGACACACAGGGAGAAUGCCAGGUGAUAACAGAGGCAAAGAUUGGAGUGAUGCAGCCACAAGCCAGGGGACACCACCAGAAGCUAGGAAGAGACAGGGCAGGAUUCUAGCCAGAGUCUGUGAACAUGGCUCUGCUGACACCUGGAUUUCAGGCUUUUGGCCCCUAGAACUGUGAGACAAUAAAUUUCUGUUGUUUUAAGCCAUCCACUUAGU